GUGCGCUGAGUGCUUGCGCGUACUGCCCUGGCCUUCCAACUUCCUCUAACGAGUUUCACCGGCAAUUCGUCUUCCUGCAAUAUAAUAAUAACACUCGCCAACGCGACAAGCCGACAACCACGGCAAACCGUCCGCAGACCCGGCAUAGCCUGUCUUAUACCCAGCGGGCAAUCACGUCGGACAGGCAUUGCCACGAGCUUGUCUCGCAUUUUCAUCGCUCCACGGCGCGCCAUCCCUGCUGCUCAGUCACACAGUGCACGUCCAGCGGCAGAGCACAGCGCCGCGCCGGGGUCUCCAAUAGUUCCCAUUCUCGUUCUAGCGAGGGCUCCGAGCCAUCGCAGUCCAGCAGGAGGAGUCUCAGAAGUGGGAGAAGCACGACACAUACACAUACACACACAUACACACACACACGCACAGGUCACCCGCAGUCGACACCGGCCGUCUCGUUCACAUGGCUGCCUGGCGCGGGUCUACAUGAUCAGGACAAAAGAACGACGACGAUCUCCGCAACAGGCGUGCUCACUGCGUGCGAGCAUCGCCGGUAGCGCCUGCGGUAACCUGCAGCAGAGCCUGAACGCCAGACGGGCACGAGCAUGAGCUCCACGAUGACUUCCACGCUCCCGCGCACUGCGCGACCACCGCCGUCAGGGCCACUGCCCGCGCUUCCUGUCUACAAGACGAGGUGCAAAUCGACCGACGCGCUGAGCGAGCCUCCCGACUCCAGAAGGACGUCGACCGCCUCCCUGCCCCGCACCAAUUCCACGCCCAAACGAACUGCCAUCCCUUCUGUGCGCUCCGUCACCACCUCUGGACUGCCCACGCCGGGCAAGACGAAAGCGAAUUCUGCUUCUUCUGUGCCGAAGCUGAGAAAUACUCCCGAACCGCUGCUCCUCUCACCAGGAGCCUCCGGAAGUGCCCUGCCCAAGACGAUACGCAAAACCGCCAGUAUUGGCCAAUUCCCUUUACCACCAACAGGCACACCACGAGUGACGAGCCUGCCACCAAGCCCGUUGUCUGCAACACAAUCUUCAGGGUCGAAUGAGCAAGAUGGCGUGCCCGCAGUGCCGCUGAGUAGCAAGCAGCGCGAUGGAUCAAAACACAGAAGUGUCGAGAGUGGCCUGAAGAAGCCCAAGUCGCGGAGCUCAGGAUACGGUGUUCGCCCUAAAGCCUCGACCGCUUCACUUGCCGGAGCAGGCUCCCCCAGCUUACUCAACGGCACUGGCGACAAGAGUCGCUCGUCAUCCGCCAAUGGCUCCUAUCGAACCGACGCUACCAUUAUGGAGGACGCUUCUGACGAACUUGGUGAUAGAGGUCGAACGCGUCGUACGAGCUCCGCAUCCAAGGGCAGGCGCGAAUCUGAAGGUGGCAAGGAUAUGAAAGGCAAUGUUCUUGUCAGCGUGCGCGUGCGACCCGAUGCGGGCAGCGAGGAGAACAGGCCCGAAGGCGAGUGGAUGGUCGACGGCAGACGAUCCCUCAUUUCGUAUCGUGGACGAGAAGGCGGCGACUACCGAUACGACAAUGUCUUCUCACCCAACGACGGCAAUACUAGAGUCUACGAUAACGCGGCGAAGCGGCUUGUGCGACGAGUCAUGGAGGGCUACCACGGGACCGUUUUUGCAUACGGGAUGACAGGAACUGGAAAGACUUUCUCGAUGCAAGGAACAUCAACACAGCCGGGUGUCAUUCCGCUUGCCAUCACCGAUAUCUUCUCAUACAUCCGGGAGAAUCCUAGCCGGGAGUUUCUGUUGCGUGUCAGCUAUUUGGAAAUCUACAACGAGAAAAUUUACGAUCUUUUGACACAGGCUGCUCCUGGUUUAGCGCAGGAAGAGAUCAAGCUUCGAGAGGAUAGCAAACGCGGAGUCUAUGCUACUCCGCUGAAGGAGGAGAUCGUCCAGUCUCCGAAUCAGCUACUACGCGUGAUCGCACGUGGUGACCUGGCGAGACGGACAGGCAGCACGCAAUUCAACGCGAGAUCGUCUCGAUCGCAUGCCGUGGUACAGAUCGUGGUGGAAUCUCGAGAGCGCACACAGAAUCAUGGCGGAAAUCUCGGCAAAGAGACCAGAAGAACCGAUAGGAUCAUGCCUGGUGGCGUCCUGGUGUCCACUCUGUCCUUGAUUGAUCUUGCUGGGUCCGAAAAAGCCGCUGAAGACAAAGAGCGGAGAACUGAGGGCGCUCAUAUCAACAAGUCCUUGCUCACGUUGGGCACGGUCAUUGCACGCCUGUCCACCGAAGACGAGAAGGACAAAGAUGCUGUGAAGCCUGCAGACCGAGAGAAGGCCACAAAGCAUCUCCCUUAUCGAGAUAGCAAGCUGACCCGGUUACUGCAGGGAGCGCUGUCGGGUAACUCAUUAGUUUCGAUUCUGUGCACGAUCCAGCUCUCAUCGGCGAACACAAGUGCAGCGUUGGCCUCCUCGCAUACUGGCGAGACUCUCAAUACGCUCAAAUUUGCGAGCAGAGCCAAAAACAACAUCGUCAGUCACGCCAAGAAGAAUGAGUCCAACGCCGCUCCUGGCGAUCCUAAUAGCAGAGCUCUACUCGACCGGUAUAGGAUCGAGAUCCAGGAGCUCCGUACUCAGCUUGCGCAGCAGAACAAUAUCAAGGAAGAAGCGGAGAAGAAAGAGCUGACUGACGAAGACCGCGAGCUCGAGGAGCAAUUGGAGCGCGAGGAGAAGCACAGGCAUGAGGAGCAGAUGCUCGAAAUGCAACUUGCUCGAACAGCCUUGAAGGAGCGCAUCAGCCACUUGAAUCGUCUCAUUCUGUCCUCGAGGUCUAUCGGGGUCAACUCCGGGCGAUUUUCAGUGAACAGCCUCAAUCGUCGGACGAGCGGAUUGAGCGCGACGCAAUCGGAGUAUGGCCGGCCUGUAAGUGUUCGGUCUCCCGAUAGCGGGCACCGCGACAGCGCCGUGACGCUCGAGGCAAGCCCAGUGUUAGAAGUGCCUCCUACAGAUGCGAUCAAUAGGGCCAUGUCCAGUGGAUCCAUUACCAUGGGUACUAUACCUGGCGCGCAGGUGAGUCAGAUGGUCGAGGAGGACACACCUGCUCUCACAGAAGAUGAUGAAGGCGACGAUGUCGGAGCACCGGACGAUGACGGGAAUGAUACUGCUAGUUUGCAACAGCAAAAUCGCAUGUUGCAGGCGGACUUGGUUGAUAAGAAUCGAUACAUUGCCACGCUGGAGAAGCGUCUUCUGCAGGCGCGUCGGACUAGCCAUAGCAGGGUCAGCAUGACAUUUGCUGGUCGAGUGGGUGUUCCGGAAGAAGGCAGCAUCGAAGCUCUCGUGCGCGAGAAGGAUCGUGAGAUUGAGGAAUUGCGAGCGAAGCUGGACGACCAAAUGCGCAUGGUGACAGCGCUCCGAAGUGCGCGCAAGCGCGAACUCGUCGAUAACAGGAAGAGCCUUCAGACCGCCACCAGCGAGGAGACGGCACGACCGGCGACAUCGUACUCGUCCCUCGCGGACAGCGUUCCCGACCUGUCCACAUUGCCGUUCAACAGGAACAGUUCCCGCAUGUCGAGCAUGUCCCGCGUGGCAUCGGCAAAUGGUCACCGCAGCACGCCCUCCAAUGCGAGUCGAGCCAGUUCCAGCGCGGUGAACUUCUCCAAGACGCCCCUUUCUCCCGUCGCCAUCCUCAGCCCCACACAUUCCUCCAACAACUCUCGCGAUAGCAAUACCAUGAUUCAUCAGCACAACCAGCUCAAGAAUAGCAGACGCAAGAGUGUCGAUGAAAUGACGCAACUGCUCGAUCAAAUGAUCCAAGACAAAGUGGAGAGCGGGCAUCUGGUGCGAGGAGGCGACCGGGGCUCGAUUCGAGUCCGGCAUGAUACGAUGAUGCAGCAACAUGGCAACGAGGUUUUGGAGGACGAUGCGAAAUGCUGAAUUGGUCGUUUUGGUGGAUCGAGCUCGGCAUUGUUCACGGCUCACGACUGGACCUGCUCAUGACGAGCAUUCUUUCCCUUUUUGGUGUUUUUUUAUUUUCUCCCUUUUGAUUCCGACUACACAUGCCAGGCUACUGGAAUUUGCGCGCACGAGCAAACGAGAGCGAUACCCUUCCCACGAGAGAACAGGAUUACUUUUUUCUUGUUUUUUUUUUCUUCUUUCCCUUGGUCAUUUGUAUACAUGUAUGAGAGUGAAGAACGGCGAAGAGCGGAAAUGAAGAUGAGGUACCUAUCUAUUCGGAGGUUUUUGUAUCACAUGUGAUUUGGAAAAUCAGGUACCGACCUAAGGUGCGGUAGCUAGCUUCUUGUACAGGGAUCAAGCGAAACGGUAGACAGACAGCAACGAUGAAUGAGUGGCAC